AUGGCAGGGCAGGAUGGGUUUACGCUCAAGCUAAGUCAGAAUGGCGUAUACGCCGUGUUGCUUGCCUUCUGGUGCGUCCAGACUGUGAAUGCGGCCAUCUUGUUCGGACUGUUCGCUUGGUGGACCAAAUUCCCGGGGUCCAGAACGCUUCCGCGGUGGUUUGUUAUCGCUACGCUAUUUGCGAAGACUUUCUCCGGCGUCAUCCAUAUUAUCGAAUUUUCCCUGAAUUUGGCAGGAGGAGAGACCACCCCGCAAGUCGCGGCUCAAAACAUUCUCUGGACGCUCCUGUACUAUGUUUCAAGAUGCGGCACCUUCUACAUCUUCUACGAAAUUGUUCAUAUUUUGAUCAAUCGCUUCAAUGAUCUCAAACAAUACUUCGCCAUCACGAGGAUCGUACAUGGGAUAGUGAUGGCUGCAAUCAUUGUUACCGCAAUCGUCGCCUGGAUCCUCUUGCUAGUCCUUGAGAUUCGCGGCAAGAAAAUGGACUAUUCAGGACAUUCGUCCAGCAAUGGCGGAGAGACAGCCCAUAGUGUUGUUUCUUGGGUGGUUGGAACAGAGAUCGUGUGCUGGUGCGCGUAUCUCACAGCCAAAGGGUUCAAGCAUCGUGUGAGCAUAAAAUGGAAGGUUUUACUCAUCGCUGCUCUCUUCACGACUAUCUUCUUUGCGGCCUUUACUUUUUUCUCUGCGCUCUACGAUAUCCUCUACGUCUCGCCUGGAGCGCUAUUUUCGCCCGAUAGCUCUGCGCUUCUUGGUGGCUCCAUCUUUGCCGCUUUGCAGGUGAUCUUCGAUGUGCUGGCUUGGGUUGUAUUGCUUUUUUGCUGGAAUCAAUGGGCGAAGAUUGAGCAGACGCAGAGGCGAGUCGUAGACAGAGGCCCCAGGGAUGCUGGCCCCGCAGAGAUCGGGGAUAGCAGCUCCGCUACGUGGCUUGUCGAAGCUGAUUCGGGCCUCAUCCCAGAGGUGGACGGUACUCCCAAACAGUACCAUGAGGCUGAUGGUCGUACCAAGGGGAUUUUGGAAUCCAGAGUCCACGGCAAAAACAUGGUCUUUGAGCUGGAUUCGAGGCCACGAUCCGAAUUUUUUAAUGCAAAACAAUAG